GCGUGUGGUGGAAGUUAGAUUGUGAGUAGGUUUUAUUCGGUACCUGGGCCGGAAUUCGCCGCCAUGUCGGACAACGAGGACAACUUUGAUGGAGAUGAUUUUGAUGAUGUAGAAGAGGAUGAGGGGCUUGAUGAUUUGGACAAUGCAGAAGAGGAGGACCGGGAGAAUGUGGCAAUUCUGCCAGCUGGGGAAGGUCAGCAGGCCAACCAGAAACGCAUCACCACCAAUUACAUGACCAAAUACGAGCGGGCCCGUGUGUUGGGAACCCGUGCCCUGCAAAUAGCGAUGUGCGCCCCUGUCAUGGUGGAACUUGAAGGAGAAACCGACCCCCUUCUCAUUGCCAUGAAGGAACUCAAAGCCAGAAAGAUCCCUAUAAUCAUCAGACGUUACCUUCCGGAUGGCAGUUAUGAGGAUUGGGGGGUGGAUGAACUCAUCAUAACCGACUAAGACCAGAUGUCAAUCCUUGACUUCCAAACCUGAAAUCUUUGACACCAGUUUUAUUCUAUUUUGUCUUGCUGUACAGAAUUAUUCUAAUGUAAAUGCUUUAUUUAAUAAAAACCAAGCAAGUCUGCUGCAAAAUGCAAUUCAAUUCGUAAGAAAAAGACAUAUAGGCCAUUUAGUGGCUAGGAAAAUUGGUCCGACAGGAAAAAUUAUGAAGCUCCAUGAAAAGAGAAGAAAUAGUAUGCACCUGUUGAUUCCAAAAUUUUUCUAAACCUCCCCCAUCAUCUACCUGUUUUAUUUAUUUAUUUUUUUUUUUGGUAGAACAGGGGAUCCAUUGUAUGCCAGUGUCUCUGCACCUGUUGCUAUGGAAAUGUCCAUGGAGGGGGACACCUUUCUCAGGAGUAUCAAAAACCAAGAUGAAUCCCACUCUUUGUUUGUCCAAAAAUGCGCUCGGCUGCUUUUACGUUCCUGCCACACCUGGGGAACAAGCUAUCCCUGAUCCAGGUGCUACAUUACCGAUGACCACUACCUCUAAAUAUUCCUCACACUGAUAUUUCAUCUUAACAAUAGACCUUUAAAUCUGACUUCUAAUAAAAACUUCUGACUAUAGUAAACAUUAA